AUGCCUGCCCUACGACCACGACUUCGUCGCUCUGCGCGACUACAGAUACAGUCUCAAAUCAUCUCCCCGCGACGUUGCAAGACCGGGCUGAAAUUUAUGGAGCCACCACCAGCUCCUCCUGCACGGGGAAAGGGAAAACGCGGCAGAGGAGGUAAAGAUAGAGCUACUACUUCUCCUACUAUCUCUAUCAGCUGGCAAGCGGUUCCCCAGUGGACCAAUAGGCUGGUUGACUACCUCGUUGGACACCCACCAGAUUGCCGCAUUCUGUUCGCCAGUGAAAAGAAGAAUCCAGCCAACUGUGAAGCUGAGGGCUGCCCCUCAGGCAAAGACAAAAAUGAAAUCCAUGCUGUCAUUGCAAGGGUUAUUUCUCUGAUGAUCCUCAAUAUGUGGUGCUCUACGCCUCGAAUCCCAACAAAUUUCGGGACUCUGUAUAUAAUCGCAUCGUGGCAUAACCUCCGCACUAAAUUUCGUGACAUUCGUGCUGAAUUUGAGUCCAUGGGUGCAGGCAUCGUGCCCAUCGAUUCAGAGACAAGCUACGAUCAGCUCUACUCCAUCUGGGGCUCCCAUCCAUCAUUCUCCGCCAAAACGUCAUCGUCAAAGCCGGGCGUUGAUCACACAAGUGAUCUCUUUUCUCUCACCCGUCCUUUGGGUGGCUCUCUUCGUCCCCCCGCUUCCUCCAGCACUGAUCCCGGCUCUCCCAUGCAACUUGGCAACACGCCUCUCCCCAAUGCUCCAGCUGGCGGCGUUGCUGGGUUGUCAACUGGACCCACUUAUGACUACCUUCCUCCAAAUGCUCAUGCAGGUGGUGCCACAGCCGCGGCACCACCUACCUCCCCCCAAUUUUAUCACACUCCCCCUGCUCCAAACGCUCAUGCAGGUGGUGCUGCAGCCGCGGCACCACCUACCUCCCCCUUUUGUCACACUCCCCCUGCUCCUGGAGGCAGUGGUGGUAGCCCUUCGCAAUGGAACUAUGUGCCACCGCCCCCAAGCACUCACACCAACAGUUCUGCUGGGUCCCCUGUUUUUCGUUACCCACCGCUUCCCUCUGGUGCUACAUCUCACGACGGUACUUACUCUCCCGUCGCUCAUUCCCCUACUGAUGAUUAUAAUUUUGACGGUAUCUACGAUGACAACCCUCUUGCGGGUGAGAUGGAGGAUCUUAAUAUGGAUUCCCUGGAUGAAAUUACUCACGACGACAGCAACACUAUCAGCCUGGACAGCCUGCCAAGACGCAGGGCUGGGAAGAAGCGCCAGGAGCCCCCUUCCCCCCCUCCCCUACUACUACCUCUCAUACGCAACAGGUGCCCCCCCACACUUCCGUCCAGCAUGGUCGCGCUCGUUGUCGCACUCUCGAAAGCCAUCAUCAUCUCACGAGCUGUCAUCGCAACAGUCCUCCCCAACAGCGCAAACAUCUGUCUCGACGAUGCCAGCAAGUUCAGUCUCCAAACGUCUCCGGACGGAGAUUCUAUUCACUCUGACAAGCUAACCUUAUAUCAGCUGAAGAACAAGCGCCUUAUGGUGAAGCUCAACGCUAGUCGCCAGGACAAGGAGCAUCAUCUGAUGCGUGAGGAGCAUAUGGAUGAGCGCGCAGAUGCUGCCAUAGUCCAUCAGCGCAUGAAGGAGGCUAAAGAGGUAGAUAUUCGCCUACGUGAAGCGGAUGCCGCCGCUUUUGCCUUGGAAGCAGAUGUUCUACGCCUCUGGAUUCAGUGGGCCCAGCUCAAUGCCCAGGGUGGCAAACCUGCUGGUACCUGA